UCUUUCUUGUUUGUUCCAUUGAUCCGAAUUCCGACAUGGAUUCCACCAUUGGUUCUCAGCUUCAGUCAUGUAAACCUGCAAACAGCAUACUAGGCUGCCCAUCCCAGAAUGGUUCAAUCCUAGAUUCCCAAACUCCAGCCGUUGCUGCAGCGGAUGCCACCCUUGGGCGCCAUGUGGCUCGCCGGCUUGUUGAAAUAGGGGUUAAGGAUGUCUUUACUGUUCCCGGUGACUUCAAUCUGACCCUUCUUGAUCACCUUAUUGCUGAGCCAGGUCUAAAAAACAUUGGUUGCUGCAAUGAGCUCAAUGCUGGGUAUGCUGCUGAUGGAUACGCUAGGUCUCUUGGGGUUGGUGCAUGUGUUGUCACGUUUACUGUUGGUGGCCUCAGCAUCAUCAACGCCAUCGCCGGUGCUUACAGUGAAAAUCUGCCUGUUAUUUGCAUUGUCGGAGGACCCAACACCAAUGAUUAUGGGACUAAUAGGAUCCUCCACCAUACCAUUGGUUUAUCAGAUUUUAGCCAAGAGCUAAGGUGCUUCCAAACUGUUACUUGCUAUCAGGCUGUGGUCAAUAACCUGGAAGAUGCGCAUGAACAGAUUGAUACAGCUAUUUCUACUGCUUUGAAAGAGAGCAAGCCUGUGUACAUCAGCAUAAGUUGUAAUUUACCGGGAAUACCUCAUCCUACUUUCAUUAGAGAGCCCAUUCCAUUUUCUCUAUCACCUAGGUUGAGCAACAAGAUGGGUCUAGAAGCUGCCGUAGAUGCAACUGCUGCCUUUCUGAAUAAGGCAGUAAAGCCUGUGAUUAUAGGAGGGCCAAAACUCCGAGUAGCAAAGGCCUGUGAGGCCUUUGUGGAACUGGCAGAUGCUUGUGGCUAUCCGAUUGCUGUGAUGCCAUCAGCAAAAGGUUUAGUGCCAGAACACCACUCUCGGUUCAUUGGCACUUACUGGGGUUCAGUAAGCACUACAUUCUGCGCUGAAAUUGUGGAAUCUGCUGAUGCUUACUUGUUUGCUGGACCAAUCUUUAACGACUAUAGCUCGGUUGGGUACUCACUCCUCCUUAAAAGGGAGAAGGCCAUCGUUGUGCAGCCUAAUCGUGUAGUUAUUGCUAAUGGACCUGCCUUUGGGUGUAUCCUAAUGAAGGACUUUCUCCAAGAACUCGCAAAAAAGCUUAAUCACAACGCAACUGCUUAUGAGAACUACCAGCGUAUAUUCGUUCCAGAUGGUGUUCCUCCUAAAUCUGAUCCCAAAGAUCCUUUGAGGGUCAAUAUCAUGUUCCACCAUAUACAAAAGAUGCUUUCAGGUAACACAGCUGUGAUUGCUGAGACGGGGGAUUCCUGGUUUAACUGCCAGAAGCUAAGACUACCACAAGGCUGUGGGUAUGAAUUUCAGAUGCAAUAUGGCUCAAUUGGGUGGUCUGUUGGAGCAACUCUUGGAUACGCUCAGUCAAUUCCAAACAAGCGCGUGAUAGCUUGCAUUGGCGACGGCAGCUUCCAAAUGACAGCACAAGAUAUAUCCACCAUGCUGCGAUGUGAACAAAAGAGUAUCAUAUUCUUAAUUAACAAUGGGGGCUACACCAUUGAAGUUGAGAUCCACGACGGGCCUUAUAAUGUUAUCAAGAAUUGGAAUUACACUGCAUUAGUUGAUGCAAUUCACAACGGCGAAGGAAAGUGCUGGACAAAGAAGGUUAAGUGUGAAGAAGAGCUCCUUGAAGCCAUUGAAACUGCCACAGGUGAGAAGAAAGAUUGCUUGUGCUUUAUUGAAGUCUUUGCACACAAGGAUGACACCAGCAAAGAGCUGCUGGAGUGGGGAUCAAGAGUCUGUGCUGCAAAUAGCCGUCCACCAAAUCCUCAAUAGACUAUGAGCAUUUUGCCCAGUUUCUAAAUUAUUAUAGU